UACGCUACACAAUGCGAAAGAGUCAUUCAGUUGAUAUCUGACCGCCACACGGUGCGGACGUCUCGGUUUCCAGGAAUUUUAAUUCUCGCGAAGUUUGUCGUCUCGAUUAUAAUACAGUGGUCUGUGUUGUGUUGUGAUAAUUCGAUCAAGUUUCUUCGGUUUGCAAUGUCGACUUCCAAGUGUUGAAGUUCCAUCAUCAGCAUACCGAGCAAGAUGAUCAUCCAACCAUUUAGGAGGAAGUCAUAUAAAAUUCUAAGCACGUACCUUAACACGUAAAAAAGGACCACAUUAAAAGGACCACAGACUUUAAAAAAAAAAAACAAUUUAUUUAAUUUUUAAGUAGUGCAAUUUUGUUCCUGUUAUUUUAUUUACCGAGUGAUAUUAGUUUUAAUAGUGUAGUGUUGUGCCAUUGUCGAUAGUUUAUUUAUCGAUAAGUGAAGAUGUAUAAGAAUAUGUGGUGUGUUUUUGUUGCGAUACUGGGGGUGGCUGCGGGGAUGGACAGGAGCCAUUUACCGCCAACCUGCUCUAGCAAUAUCUACUGCCACGGCCCCCUGCUGGACACGGUGCAGAUGGCGGGGCUGUACAACGACUCCAAGACCUUCGUCGACAUGAAGCUGAAGCUCUCCGCCAACAUCACCAUGGACCACUUCCACCAAAUGAUGGCCAGGACAGGUUCACAUCCGACCAAAGCCGACAUCCAGGAGUUUGUCAACCAGAACUUCGACCCCGAGGGCUCUGAGUUCGAGGACUGGAGACCUACUGACUGGAAGGAUAACCCUGCGUUUCUCCAAAACAUCAAGGAUCCACUGCUGCACGAAUGGGCCGCGGACCUGAACCGGCUGUGGCUGCAGCUGGGCAGGAAGAUGAAGCCCGACGUGAAGGCCAACCAGGAUCUCUACUCCAUCAUCUAUGUGGACAACCCUGUCAUUGUGCCUGGCGGUCGUUUCCGUGAGUUCUACUACUGGGACUCGUACUGGAUCAUCAAGGGGCUGCUGCUGUCGGAGAUGAGGGCCACCGCCCGGGGCAUGGUCUCCAACUUCAUGGACAUCGUCGAGAGGAUCGGCUUCAUUCCCAACGGAGGCAGGAUAUACUAUGCUAUGAGAUCACAGCCGCCCCUCCUAAUUCCCAUGGUGAAACUAAUUCUGGAUGACAUGGAUGACAUCGAGUUCCUGAGACAACACAUCCACACCUUGGACAGGGAGUAUGAUUACUGGAUGACCAACCACACCAUUGAAGUCAACCAUAAUGGGCAUAGAUACACUCUGGCGAGGUACUACGAUCAGUCACAAGGACCCAGACCUGAGAGUUACAAGGAAGACGUUGAUGUCGCCAGACAUUUCGACACAAAUGACAAGAAAGAAGAAUUGUAUGCUGAGUUGAAAGCUGCGGCUGAGUCAGGGUGGGACUUCUCAUCCAGAUGGUUCAUUCUCAAUGGCACCAACAAAGAAUAUCUUCAGCAAACGACUGAUCUCUCGAUAAAUGGAUACAGUCAAGUUGGUGGUAACCUAACGAACCUGAAGACCCGGUCUAUAAUCCCGGUCGACCUGAACGCCAUCAUGUGUUGGAACGCCCAGCUGCUGCGCGACUUUCACACCAGACUCGGCAACGUCGACAAGGCAGAAUACUAUAGAAAUGUACAUGCUAGGUUCAUGGAUGCUAUUGAACAGGUGCUCUGGCAUGAAGACGUGGGUGUCUGGCUGGACUACAGUUUGGAAUCUGGCAGACGUCGGGAUUACUUCUACCCAUCUAACGUGUCGCCGCUCUGGGCAGUCUGCUACGACCAGGCGAGGAAGGAUUACUACGUGAACCGCGUCGUCAAUUAUUUGGAUAAAGUUAAAGUAGACAUAUUCGACGGUGGAAUACCGACUACAUUUGAGCACUCGGGCGAGCAGUGGGACUAUCCGAACGCGUGGCCCCCACUGCAGUACAUCGUGGUGAUGGGGCUGGCCAAUACGGGGCAGCCUGAGGCCGUGAGACUGGCCAGCGAGAUCGCCACCAAGUGGGUGCGGUCCAACUUCGAGGUUUGGAAGCAGAAGACUGCUAUGCUUGAGAAGUACGACGCGACAAUCUUCGGCGGUCUCGGCGGCGGUGGCGAGUAUGUCGUACAAACUGGCUUCGGAUGGACCAAUGGUGUCAUAAUGGCAAUGCUGAACCGAUGGGGAGACACGAUUACUUCAGCGGACGCGUUCGGGACGGGCGUGGCGGCGGACUCGGGCGCUGUCUACGGGGCCCAUGUCGGUGCCAGCGGAGUUGCUACGGCCAUUCUCGUUGUAUUGGCUUCUUUGGCUGCCGGGACUCUUGGAUUAAUGGUGUACAGAAAACGUAAAGAUUACAUCCGAGUGUCUGGCGGUGAAGACUACAAGCUUCUUUCCCGAAAACCCUACACGGAACUGAGGAGCCUCAACGGGGCAUCGAACCCACGUCAACGAUGAACACAUACCUACCUCUUAACUACUCGACCGCUGGAACGUGAGUGAAAUAGUUAUCCGACUUCUUAAUGAAGUUAUUGAAUAACUGUGGGCCGUAUUUUUGUGUAAAUUCUAAUUAAAUAUUACAUGUUUCUUUGACACGCUACUUUGUUAAAACUAAAAGAAAUCAUGUUUUUUUCGAUCUUCAUUAUCAAUUAUGAAGCAGAAUCAUAAAGGACUUUUACUCAGAUGACAAUAAAUAAAUUACAAAAUAGGGUUUCUGUGACAAAAUCGAUACAGUUUUUAUUUUUCUCAACAAAUUAAACGUAUAUCUAGCGUGGCAUCUAGUAUGGUUAUAUCUAGCGUAUCAAAACCAGAAAAUAAUAAGUAAAUGAAAUAAAUAAAUCUUGCCGUUUUAAUACAUAACAAAAUUCUGUUUACCUGUAUCUAAAUGAAACUUAUUUAGUUCAGUGUUCAGAUAAAACAAUGUAAUAUCUUGAAUAAAUAUAACAAGUCACGAUUUUAUAUAUUGAGCAAAUAAAAUCAUAAUUUACUUUAAAAUCAAAUAUAACUAGCAAAUUAAGUGACUUUUCUUUUUCCAAAAUAAAAUACAUUUUUAAUAUUAUUUGACUGUCUCUGUAUCUGCUCAAAAACUAAAUGUUAACAAAUCUAAUGUUACAAAAACGUAAAUAAAAUGUAAUAUUUGGAAGAAAAAAAUCUUUAAAAAAGGCGUUUGUAUAAUACCAGUUCUAUAGUGCUGUGAAUUUUCGGCCGAACUGCGGUUUUUGAGCGUGGACAUUGCGUGGCGUUCACGACAAAAAUAAGACAAAAUUUUGACUGACAACGCGUCACGUUCACGCUAAGAAACCGCAGUCAAGCCUUAACUUGUAAAUAAAUAGCUUACAAAAUAUUAUUGCUUGUAAUAGUUUUAAGUCAUAGGUUUAGAAAACUAUAGUAAAGUGAAAAUAUGUUUGAUUUAAUUAAAGAUCAUGAAUUAACUUCUUAAAAAUAUUUUGCAAAAAUUCAAUGUCUACUUACCCGUGUAAGAAAAAUAUGGUACAAUCAUUUACUCACUAAUCUCAUGUGUAUCCUAAUUGGAAGCUCAAUUUUUUCAUUAUAAAGCAAUACAAGUAUACUUCUGUCUUUUUCAUUGCAUUCUGAAAUCGUAUUUCUGUUAUAUUUUACUUUUAUUUAUAUCCUUUUGUUUAUGGGGGUAAUUAUACUACAAUAUAAAAUAAUACUUAUUGCAAAAUAAAUAACAAUAAAACGGUUUUAAUUAAAAUUGGUCCUUUUACAACCCGAAGGACCAAAUGAUUAAAGCUACAACUAACGCCAUCUAGUACAAAGUUGAUGAACUGUUUAUGACAGCACCAUCAAUCUACAACUCUUCGGUUGUCAGCAAACGCUUUAAUGAUGUGUUAGUUGUGUAUAGAUGGAAUUGCUUGUAAUUGUGACAUUAAUUCUACUAAGAGAAAAUAUUGCUAUCUUUUUUAAUAUCAAUAUUAUUUGUACUAUGUAUUUCAUGAAAUAUAUUAAAUUAAUUUUUAUGAUUGUCAGUUUAUUUACGUAACUGUUUUACGAGGAACUCGACUAGUUUAGACAGUAGCCGCGUCGUGUUUCGUGGAAUGCUACUCGUGAAUAUGAGCCUCUAGAAUGUCUUAAAACUAGUCGAAUUUCUCGUCAAACAGUUACGUGAGUAAGCCCAAGAACAAAUGUCACAAUUGCACGACUGUCAUCAUCUAUCUGCCAGUCCAUCAUCAAGGAUAUAAAUUAAGAUCUUUGUAUUUCUAUGAUAUUUCAAGAGCUGUAUCUAAAUGGCCAAGACCAUACCUAUUACUACAGUUUUUAAUUUGCCCCAUAAAGACUAAGGAUAAAUUAUAUUUUACUAUGUUUUACCCCCGAACAAAGUCGAUAGUCAAUAUUUUUAUAACUAUAGGUAUUAAAUGAGUAUUAUUAGAUAUUAGUUUAGCCUUAGUUUGUAAGUAGACAAUUUUAAUUUCCCUACUAAGUGUACAUUUUACUCGGUUUUGUACAUGUGUUUAUGCAUUUAUAUUAAAAAAUGUCAUACGAUUUCAGAAUGCAAGAUAAUAUUGCUUUAAAUUGACAUAUAUUGUGUAUAAGAAAUUAUUUUCUGUUCAUUUUAACACAGUUACUGCCACACUCAGAGUCAUUUAAUGAUUACUUAAACUAUUCCUUAGUAACGAUUUUGUAUGGAAAACAAUUGCUAAGGACUGGAUUAAGUAACCAAUUAAUAACUCUGAGUACGGCGGAUAAUCAACAAGUUAUUUAAUUACAUUAAUAGUCACAUAUACAUACAUAUACUAUCAAUAGUCUAUAUUAUAUUUUCAUUAUUAUUUUCUAGUUAUAUUGGUUACGAUUUUUUAUAUUGCAAUCUUAAAAAAUCAUAACCAAUAUUGUUGUGUAUUUGUAAUUAACCAAUUUUGUUGACAUAUUUCAUUAAUUUUAUGUAAAAUAAACUUCAUCGGUGCUGGUCACCAUUAUAAUUAUUAAUAUUCUUCAUUUAAUAUUAAAAUUAUAUCAAUCAUGACAUAGGAAUACAUUUUAUAAUAAUUUUACGUCAAUUUUUAUGUAAAAUGUAGUCAAUGUAAUUAUUAUGUUAUAUUUUUUAAAUCAUUUAAUUAAUUUUUAGAUUUGUAUUUGUGAUUUGUUAGUUUAUUUUUUAGAUUAAUUUAUUAUAUUUAUGUAAUCUCAAUGUGUAAUGUGAUUUCUUAAAUAUUAUUUUAUGUAUUAUACCAGUUUUACUGUUACAAAAAAGCUAAAAGCUUAAAAAAUACUUUCUUUAGUUUGCUUUACGCAUUAUUUGGCAAAUACUUGUACAGAUUGAACUUAUCUCUUAUAAAUAUCUAUUUGACGAUUCUGGUAAACCAGAAUAAUUCUUUUACGUUACAAAUGAUUUCUUAUUCUAACAUAUAUAAAUUGCAUGUGAUACUAUUGUUUUUGUAUAUAAAAUCAAAUAAAUUACAUUUCAGUAGGCGAUUAUAUUGUUCCUAGGCGAUUUUAUUAGUUUAUAAUUUAGUUGAUUGUUCGCUGUUACUCUGUAGAUACCCAAACAAAGGGAUCGUGACGUCAUCGUGUAUAGUUAUUAGUACGAAUUUGACAAAUAAAUAAGAUUAAUUAAUUUUAA